AUGCCCCCCAAGGUGAAAAAAGUCUCAACAGCAGCCUCGAACGAGCUCUACUACGAAGACCAGCGACUAGCAGAUGAGAUCGUCAUCUUGGAAGAGAGGCUCAAUGCUCUGAAGAAAGUGUACUUGGAUAGGAUGAAGGCACUUGCUGAGCAAAAGCAGCAGCAACUUCUUUUCAGUGCAGAACUGGAGGAAAGGACGGCGCUUUUAGAAGGUAAGAAGAGUGAAAAAGCCGAUGUCCUAACGGACAGCACUCGAGUCUACAAGGUGAGAGAGCGCAUUGCUGUACAGGACAUUGUGAUGCAGGAUGCUGCUCUGAACGCGCUUCAAGAGGCAAAAAGGAAACUGCAGGAUCAGCUAGAGGCCUGCAGCGCCGAUUUUGAUAGCCGAAUUAAGAGUAAGAAAAGAGAAUUCGAAUCUCUUUGCGAGCGAACCACUGACAUGGAAAAGGAAAUUGCCAUGCUGCUCUCUGAUGUGGAGGUAUGCUCACCGUAG